GACAAUGACGCAUGGACACACAUCUUCUCUGACAUGCAGCCCCAGUCCUCUGUCAUACAGAAAUAGAAAUCGCUUGAGGUUGUGGUAGGCAGGGGAAAUUUCCACUACGGCCCGCGAAGGUACACGUACCUAGUAUAAUGUCAGUCCAUUGAUAGGUAUAUAUUGCUAUGUGCUUUUAAGUGAAUCAGCGAUACAUAUUUCUGAGUCGGUCAGGUUCGGUAGCUGAGAGUUUUCGUCAUUAUUUUGAACCUAAACACAACAUAUCCCCGCAUAGGCUAUAAAAGAUCAGGGAAAUUAUCAACCUUAGAAUUUAAGCCCAGACUCAAGUAGAGCGAUGGACUUUCUUGCGGGCUGCAUAGGAGGUGCGGCAGGAGUCUUGGUGGGACAUCCAUUCGACACUGUGAAGGUCAGACUGCAGGUCCAGAGUGUGGAAAAGCCACUGUACCGAGGGACCUUCCAUUGCUUCCAGUCCAUCAUAAAACAGGAGUCGAUGACGGGUCUAUAUAAGGGUGUGGGCUCCCCCAUGAUGGGUCUGACCUUCAUCAACGCCAUCGUGUUUGGCGUGCAGGGCAACACUAUGCGCCUGCUGGGGCAGGACACGCCCCUUAACCAGUUCGCGGCGGGCGCGGCCGCGGGCGCCAUCCAGUGUGUGAUCUGCUGCCCCAUGGAGCUGGCUAAGACGCGCAUGCAGAUGCAGGGCACCGGGGAGAAGAAGAAGUCCGCACGCAAGGUCUACAAGAACUCUCUGGACUGCCUGAGGCGCAUCUACGCCCGCGAGGGCGUGCGCGGCGUGAACCGCGGCAUGGUGACGACGCUGGUGCGCGAGACGCCGGGCUUCGGCGUGUACUUCCUGGCGUACGACGUGCUGACGCGGCAGAUCGGCUGUGAACCCGACGACCCCUACAUGAUCCCCAAGCUGCUGUUCUGCGGCGGCAUGUCGGGCAUCUGCUCCUGGAUAUCCACGUACCCCGUGGACGUCAUCAAGUCGCGGCUGCAGGCCGACGGGGUGGGCGGCGUCUACCGCUACAGCAGCAUCAUGGACUGCAUACGCCAGAGCGUGGCGCGGGAGGGCUGGAUGGUGUUCACGCGCGGCCUGACCUCCACGCUGCUCCGGGCCUUCCCCGUCAACGCGGCCACCUUCGCCACUGUCACGCUCGUGCUCAUGUACGCGCGCGGAGAGAACGUGGGGGGCGCCGGCGAAUGCGAGCCCGCAACCCCCACAACCCCUGCCACCACUCAGGCACAGACUCAGACACAGACUCAGACACAUCACAACAGCACCAAUCUGCAGAGCCAGCCCAGCAGCCUGUGAACUACACACACACACACACACACACACACACACACACACACACACACACACACACGGAGUCAAGACAACCAGAGUGAGAAAAGGGCACAUGUGUAAAAAAAAAAAACCUCACCUUCAUAUGCAACUAAUCCUUAGUUUAAUUUUUUUUCUUUCUUUUACAAUAUGCCUUACGAAGGGAAAACCACUUGAUAAGGAUGUAUAUGUCAAAGAAAGAAGUAUCGGCAUGCGAAAGGAGAAGCAGUGGCUUUGUUACUGGAAAAAGGUUCAAAUAUUUAGCAGCGAGAGGCAGAGAGAGGAGCCUGGUACACUGUAGAGUUCUGAUGAACCGAUUUUUCUUCAUCCUCCUUCUUCAUCCUCUCUCUUCUCACCCUCUCUUCUUCUUCUCUCUCUCUCUCUCUCUCUCUCUCUCUCUCUCUCUCUCUCUCUCUCUCUCUCUCUCUCUCUCUCUCUCUCUC